UUUUGAGUUUUGAAUAAUCUGAUCUAAAUAGAUGGAGCAUGUCGAGGCGAUGACUUAGAGGUUAACAAACCGGCCCUCUUCGACAGUCGGAUAAGGCACUCCUAGGUAGCCGUGCAUUGCAGGCUGCAGGAGAACCGAGUGCGAGAAGCAGUACGAUUUUGAGGCCGAGGACUGCUCGUGCUGGGCAGCCUUCUCUCUAGGCUCUCGCCGACAGGAAGACAAGACGGCCAAGCCAUGGCCAGUCCGAUUGGGUAUCUCAUCCAUCCCGAGCAUCCAACUGCUGCUCCGGAUGUCACGCCCCCGGUCCACCCGGCACCGGCAUUUCGAGCCCCACUCAUUGCGACCCCCGAAGAACCAGUCCGCCCACACGGCCCGACAUCGGCACCUCCGUCCAGUGCCAGAACCGAUCCGGAACGCACAACAACCGGCCCGGCUCCUGAUGGAAACCACGCCAAGACGAAGUCGCUGUACCAAUGCGCCGACUGUCUGCGACGCUACUCUCGCCCGGAGCAUCUCCAGAGACACGUAGCAGCGCAUACACUUGGAAAGCGCUUCACCUGUGAUGUCUGCUCCAAAGCCUUUGCCAGAGCCGAUCUACUCAAGCGCCACCGCGCCAACCAUCAAGCUGACAGCAGCAACAAGCGCAGACGCUUCAACUCGGCCCCCUCAGCGAGCCGCGUGGCACAGGCAUGCGCCCCCUGUGCGAAAGCCCGAGUGAAAUGCGAAGAAAUCAAACCAUGCACACGCUGCAAGACACGGAGACUGACGUGCGAGGUGGCCUCCUCGGAAGACGCUGCCAGGUCCCUCGCCCACCUGUCGGGGACCCGCGCCGAGCGUCAUGAGUCUACCCCUGAGUCCUGCUACUCGUUCUCAUCCAGCUUGGGGCAGCGUCUGCCUCGGCCGCCGACCUCGACCCCAUCCUCGUACGUUCCAUCUGCCAGCCCCGAGGAUAGUAAGGAGAGUAUUGCAGCCCCGGCCUACCCCAUGUAUCAAGAUGACCCCUUGCCAACCUCGGACGCAUCUCCGACCCCCGGAGACCAGGCUAACGCCGACGACUUUUCGUCUUACCCUAAUGAUGACUUGACUUAUGGGGGUCAGGACCAGCCAAGAGUCCAAUUCCCCGAUUUUUUGCGCGACGUCUUGUACGAUCAGUCCUUCGGCAGCUCGAGACCGCCCGAAGCACAGGGGCUCUCCAUGUUAGACUUCCACGAUGACGCAAACAUCGAUUUCAGAGAGUUCGAUUUCUCCCUCCUGGACCACUGGAACUUUGAGGCAAAUCGUCACAUGGCCGGCCCGUCAACCGACGCCGAAGAGCCCGCCGGCAUAACAGAGAUGCGCUCCGCGUUGAACAAGAUGUGGACCGAAUCCCCGUGGAAAUGGACACCGGGCAAGACAGACAAUUGCUACACCGAGCAGUCCAACCUGCCCCUGCCCUCCGGCGACGCACACGGUGCUCGGGAUCAGAACAGCCAACUCGCAGCCGGCCGGGUGGUCAAGGACACGCUCCUGCCUUCAUGCCGCGACAAGAUUCUGGGUGUUGUCCUAGGCACCUGCCGUGAAAGCCACAUGGUCAGCCGGGUGGCGUCUUCCUUUCCCUCGGCCAACAUGCUGGACUCCUGGAUCAACCUCUUUCUAGCGUCCCACUUGGGCCAGGUCUCGUCGUGGAUUCACUACCCCUCAUUUUCGCUCAAUAGCCAGGGGACAGAAUGGCUCGCCACUGCUGCUGCCGCUGGGGCCUUGUUGACGCCGGUGCCCGCUUGGCGCCGGUUUGGGCUGGCCUUGCAGGAAGCGAUCCGCAUUGCUCUUCCAGAGAAAUUCGAGGAGGACAACAGAACUGUUGCCGAGAUUGGCAAGGUACAAACCUUGAUGCUGGUCCAAGACAUCGGGCUCUGGAGCGGCAACAGGCGGAAGAUGGAAAUCGCCGAGUGCCACUUGGCCAUACCUAUAGCGAUGAUGCGCUACAGGGGCAAGUUCUCACGGUCCAUGUAUCCAGACAUCGCUAUCCACGCCUCGGACGAGGGUGAGGUCCUGGAAGAGAAGUGGAAAAGAUGGUACCAGCUCGAAUCCUGGAAGCGAUUGGCCUUUCACGCCUACGUCCGCGACGCCCAGAUCUCCAUGACACAGCUCAACAACCCAUCCAUGUCCUACGCCGAGCUCACCCUCCCGCUGCCAUGCUCAAAGGAACUCUGGUACGCCCGAUCCGCCGACGAGUUCAAAACCCGCUAUCUCGAGAUGUCCACUGAUAAACGUUCCCCCUCUCUCGGCGACCUCUUCCGGGACGUCGGCACCCUUCACGCAACACACCGCCACCUGGACCUCCAAUUCACAGUCUCCACCUACCUUCACGGCUUCUGGUCCUUGAUCUGGGAGUACUGUCAGCUCGCCUCCAUCCACCAGUCGCCAACUUGCACCUCAACCAUCACCAGCACCACCAACAGCAACAUGACCCUCCUCCUCUCCUCUCGCCGCCACGAUCUUCUCAACCAACUCACCGCCUUCCACCAGCUCAUCAUCACCAACCCCGCUAAGACCUACGACAUCCUACCAGAGUCCCACCUCCUCCUGCACGUCCUCUUCCUCAACCUGCACCUCUCGCUACCGGACAUGCACCUCUUCACGGGAAAAGAAGGCGAGGACCAGGCGCGGCGCGUCUACCCUGCCCUGCAGCGUUGGGCCGCGUCCCGCGACGCGCGCCAGGCCAUGUGGCAUGCCGCGCAGGUACUGAGAUGGGCGAGCUUGUUUCCCAGGGGCCGGCUGAGAGCGUUUUGGAGCGUGGGCGUGUGUCAUGCUGCGUUGGGGAUCUGGACAUAUGGGGUUGUGAAUGGGGCUGCGAAUGGGGCUGCUGUGGCACGCGGGGGCGAGAUGAUGGGGAUAGGGCUGGAUAUGGGGGUGGGGAUGGGAAGAUAUCAGCAGCAGCAGCAGCAGCAGCAACAGCAACAUCGUCAUCAACACCAGGAGCAGCAGGGGCAAAGGCAAGGGCCGGUGGUGUACCUUGACGGCGGGGAGGAGACGGCCGAGGUAAGGGCGUGGGUUGAGUACGCUCAGGGGCGGCCGGCUAUUCGUGGGUUGGGGGCUACUGCCAACACUGGGUACGGUGACGGAAGGGGGACGGAGUGCUUGCUGGAGGACCCCAGGGCGUGCAUGGAGGUUGCGCAGGAGAUUUUGAAGGCCAACAUUGUGGGUGUGUGGGAAACGUUGCCGCCGCUGAAUGAGAAUAUUAUUGUAGUGUUGAAGCAGCUGGAGAAGGCGGCGGGGGCGGUGGCCAUGCGGUAGACGGUGGACUUGGGAUGUCGUGGGCUUGGAGGGUUGUUGCGUGGAUGGUGUUGUGGCUGGACUCCGGGUUCUUUAUACCAUGUACUGUGGAGAAAAAGAUCCAUGCAUGCCAUUGCACCUUUCAUUC